UUGUCAACAGAAAAAAUGUCAGAAGGCAAAUUCAGUUGAUGUGGAGCAGAAGACAAGAAAGAAGAAGGAGAGGGGCACUUCAUCCCCCUCUCCAAUUCCAUCUGACUGUUCUGAACGGAAUGGCUCUGCUACCUCUGACCCCUCACCCUCUGACCAACUCUCCUCCCUCCAUCCACCUCCCUCUCCUGUUAAAUGUUCCUCUCAGCCUUGCUCUCCUGCUAAACAACCCUCUGUACCCCGGUCACCUGCCAAAAACCCUUCCCCAGUGAAAUCCUCUCCAGUGGUGUCCCACCCUAGUUCUCCCUCUCCUACCAACCCUCUGGACCGUCAUGGAGACACCAGUCAGGAGGGCACAACAGUCAGACCUCUGUCUCUUCAGGACCACUCUAGUCCAAGGCCCCAGAGACCAGUCUCAGCCACCAGAAGCAUGACUCUUCCCAGGGCCAGCUCAGCCACCAGAAGCAUGACUCUUCCCAGGACCAGCUCAGCCACCAGAGGGUCAGAAGAGACCCAGGGGGCCAGAGGAGAACAGGUGGCACUGGUCAACAUGGAACUUCUUGGGUUGCCUAACAUUGGCAACACUUGCUUCCUUAACGCCACCCUGCAGUGCCUCCUGGUCCUGCCGUCCUUCUCAAAGGAAAUCCUGCACCAGGAACAACUCUGGAGCUCCUCCCCCUUCUCCAACCUGCUCAGGUGUCUGUUUGAUGUGCACCGUUCGGGUCUACCUGACAGUGUGGCAAACCAGGCCUCAAAAGCAGACCUCAUGUGGAAGGUCAAGUACUCCUUGUCGGGAUACGAUUUGAAGUAUCUGGGGGACACGCAACAGGAUGCACAUGAGUUACUUGUCAAUAUGCUGUGCCUGCUGAAGGAGGAGGGCAUGAUUCUGAAGACACUCGGGAUGAACUAUACCUGCCCUGUUUCCCAGCUGGAGUUCCAACUUGUGUCGGUGCGCACAUGUACCAGCUGUGGGCGCGAGUCGUCUACCAGAGAGGACUACAACCACCUCUCAUUGGACUUCAGCCCUGAGCGCACCUUGCUGAGCAGCCUAGCACUCACUUUCAAAAGUGAAAAGGUUGAAUUCACAUGUGAGGGCUGUAAAGGCCUCCACGCCUCAAAGGUGGAGCAGUUCCACUCACUGCCUCUUGUGCUGGUUCUGCAUCUGAAGAGGUUUGGAGGACCUGGGGGGUUGGAGAAGCUGGAGGCUCCUAUUUUGUUUCCUUCGGAGCUGAGGCUCUCCACCCUCUGUGGGGACAUGGUGCCACACCUGCACAGUGCCAGCCCACAGGCCCUCACCAACCAGGCCCCCAGCAUCCAGGGGUCCAUCCCCCAGACCCUCGCCAGCCAAGUCUCCAGCCCACCUGGAGAGGCCAAAGACAGCGCCCUCUGCUGUUCAGAAGCAGAAGCCAGUACAGUCAGUGAAUGGUUACUACCAGCUGACUGGUGUAGUCUCUCAUUUGGGAGGCUCCGCAAACUCCGGGCACUACAUUAGUGACAUAUUGCAUGCCAGUGGGAACUGGUUCUGCUGUAACGACAGCCAGGUGUCAAUGUCCAAUGAAGCCACUGUGCUGAGGACCAGAGCCCGGAGUGCCUACAUGCUCUUCUAUAUGUUCAGGUACUGCUUACUCUCGCCAUCUAUAUUCUUGUGUUGCUAUUUAUGUGUACGGUUCCUUUCACCCUACAGGGCAAUAGAGCGGGAGGCCCCAGCACACAGGGCCUAACAGGGCCACCAGCAUCAGCCCCAGCCUAAACAGGGGCAGCACCUGGACCAGCCUCCAAACACUCAGACCUGUCUCAACAGGGGUAGUACCAGGCCCAGCCUCAAACCCCCAGCCCAGCCUCAACAGGGGUAGUACCAGGCCCAGUCUC